GAUGGCGAUGGCGGCGGCGGCGGCGGUGGCGGCGCCCUCCUGACAGGAACCCUUCUACGGGCCGAAGUGGCCGGGCGCCGUGCGGCUCCCAGCGGGCCUCCCGGGCACCCGGCCACCGCGCCGCCCCCUUCACGCCAUGGAGCCCGAGCUGGCGGCCCAGGAGCAGAGCCGGCCGCGGAGGCGAAGCCGCCGGGCCUCGGGACUCAGCGCGGGCGGCGCCGCAGAGCCUUCGGCCGACACCCCCGGGCCGGGGCCAGAUGGCAGAUAUUCCCUUCAGAGAGGUAGCUCCUUCACAUUUUUAACACCUGGCCCCCAUUGGGACUUCACUUUGAAAAGAAAACGAAGAGCAAAAGAUGAUGAUGUCAUAAGCCUUAGCAGCCUUGAUCUGAAGGAGCCAAGCAAUAAAAGAGUUCGGCCUCUAGCUCGGGUCACAUCCUUGGCAAAUUUAAUUUCUCCUGUAAGAAAUGGAGCCGUCAGACGAUUUGGUCAAACCAUACAGUCAUUUACCCUUCGUGGUGACAACAGAUCCCCCGCUUCUGCCCAGAAGUUAUCCAGCAGAUCUACAGUCCCGGCGCCCGCCAAAAGGAGAAGCAGUGCCCUGUGGUCGGAGAUGUUAGACGUCAACAUGAAGCAGUCUUUAACCUCCAGAGAGAUCAAACGUCAGGAGGCAAUAUAUGAAAUGUCCCGAGGUGAACAGGAUUUAAUUGAGGAUCUCAAGCUUGCAAGAAAGGCCUACCAUGACCCCAUGUUAAAGUUGUCUAUUAUGUCAGAAGAGGAACUCACACAGAUAUUUGGUGAUUUGGACGCUUAUAUACCCCUGCAUGAAGAUUUGUUGGCAAGAAUAGGAGAAGCAACCAAGCCUGGUGGAACAGUAGAGCAGAUUGGUCACAUUCUUGUGAACUGGUUGCCAGGCUUGAAUGCCUACAAAGGCUACUGCAGUAACCAGCUGGCAGCCAAAGCUCUUCUUGAUCAAAAGAAACAGGAUCCAAGAGUCCAAGACUUCCUCCAGCGAUGUCUUGAGUCUCCCUUCAGUCGAAAACUAGAUCUUUGGAGCUUCCUAGAUAUUCCUCGAAGCCGCCUCGUUAAAUACCCUUUACUGUUGAAAGAAAUUCUUAGACACACUCCAAAAGACCACUCUGAUGUUCAGCUUCUGGAGGAAGCUAUAUUGAUAAUACAAGGAGUUCUCUCUGAUAUCAACUUGAAGAAAGGUGAAUCAGAAUGCCAGUAUUAUAUUGACAAGCUGGAGUAUCUGGAUGAAAAGCAGAAGGACCCUAGAAUUGAAGCUAGCAAAGUAUUGCUUUGCCAUGGGGAACUGAAAAAUAAAAAUGGACAUAAACUCUACAUUUUCCUGUUUCAAGACAUCUUGGUUUUGACUCGGCCUGUUACACGAAACGAGCGUCACUCCUACCAGGUUUACCGGCAGCCAAUCCCAAUCCAGGAGCUGGUCUUGGAAGACCUGCAGGAUGGAGAUGUGAGGAUGGGAGGGUCCUUUCGAGGGGCUUUCAGCAAUUCAGAUAAAGCUAAAAAUAUCUUUCGAGUUCGCUUCCAAGACCCCUCUCCAGGCCAGUCCCACACUCUACAAGCCAAUGAUGUGUUCCACAAGCAGCAGUGGUUCAAUUGUAUCCGAGCUGCCAUGGCCCCUUCCCGACAGGCCACCAGCCCCUCCGAGCUGCAGGGCUUGCCGGAGCCCCACGAGGAGUACGGAGAGAACUGCCCCCCUGCCAGCAAUGCCAGGGCCCAGAGACGGGCGUCCACGGCAUCCAGCGUGACUCAGGUGGAAGUUGAUGGAGACGCUUCCGAAAGUGGCACCCCGGUGCACACAGCAGACAAUGCUAAGGGCACAAAAGCGCCCCGAGCCCAGGCUGGCCUCCGAAAAGCCAGGGACAAAGCCCAGGUCGGUGGCAAGCGGAAAGAGACACUGGUGUAAAGGAAGCUCUGUGGUAACCGGCGGAGAGACUUUAUUUAUAACUGUGUACAGUUGUUCUUUCUUGUAAUGUGAGUAUGGGAGCGUUGCAGGGUUACUUAAUACCAGUCUUCACAUUUUCUGUGUUUUUGGUUGGGUUUUGGUGGUGGUUUUUUAUUUUUUAAUUUUUUUUAAUGGCAGCUAAAGAUAUAUAUGCAGAUUACUGUUAAACUGCAGUGUUUCUUUUUUUUCCUCAGAUCAUCUAGAACAUGUAAGUCUGGUAUUUUUAAUCAAAUGAAAUACUUAUGAAAUGGGUUUUCUCUUCAUUCUGCAUUCAUCGUGACUUUUUUUUUUUCUUUUUCUUUUUUGCGUUAUGCGGGCCUCUCACUGUUGUGGCCUCUCCCGUUGUGGAGCACAGGCUCUGGACGCACAGGCUCAGCGGCCAUGGCUCACGGGCCCAGCCGCUCCGUGGCAUGUGGGAUCUUCCCGGAUCAGGGCACAAACCCGUGUCCCCCGCAUCGGCAGGCAGACUCUCAACCACUGCGCCACCAGGGAAGCCCCAUCACUUUUUAAUACCAAUUGUGAUGUUUAUAAUAUUGGCCAAAGCUUAAAAUUUUGCAAAUACAAGGAUUUUACCAGUGUUUAUUUGAUAAACUUUGCAUGCAGAAUUUGAAAUUUUAACAUCGGCAUCUAAGAUCUACUUGGAAUAUAUGUUUGCAAUAUUUCAGAAUUUAUGUUGAAACAUAAGUUCCUUGGAAAAACAAAACUUAAUAGGUUUUCCAUUUUACCAACUGGAAUGCUUUUUAUUAGUUUGUUUUUCACUGCACAUUCCUCAUUUUUCAUUGAUUUAACCUGCCAAUUAUUUAAUUUUUUCAUUGUAAAGUAGUUUUUAGUAUUUGCUUUUAUUUUUUUACUUUGAUGCCUUUUCAAAUUGGCAUGUCUUUAAAGUGUUUUUCUUCCUUGAUUAAAAAUGUGUGUGUGUGUGUGUGUGUGUGUGUGUGUGUGUGUGUGUGUGUGUGUAUUUUUUUAAAUCAUAUUAACUUUACCAAGUGAAAUCAAGCCAUACUGUUUUUGAGCCAGUUAAGAAAAUUGCAAUUUUUAAAGUGUAGUAUUUCAGGGUUAGAACAUACAUGAAAUGACUCAGUAUAUUCUGGACUACUGAAAGAAAACCACCUUAAGGAUUUCAUGGAAAGUUAAUAUUGUCUGAAAAGCAAGAGGGAAGGAAGUUGGCUGGUAAUAAGUAUUAAAAAAAAAAAAAAAAAGAGGGAAAAAGAGUGUAGUUUUGUCUUAAAGUAAAAAAUGUCUGGUUGUGUCAGACAUUUAUGAAAGAUAGUAAAAGCUAAACUUGAGAGUGUGUAGUAAGUUGUAGAAGGCUUGAGGGAAGUGAACUGUAUUUGCCUUGGUUUACAAUACAUGCAAAUAAUGGGUUUGAAAAGAAAAUGUGUUGAAAAUUUGACCAUAUGAGAUCAGUUUUGGCAGAUGUAUUCAUAAGAGACUGGUGAAUCUUUUACUAUGAAAUGUUUCUGUUCAAAUGAGAUCGUAGUCUUUAAGGCGGGGGUGCUAAAAGCCCUAUGUCAUGGCAGAUUUGUAAUGGUUAUCAGCUCAAGUAAAUGUUGACUAUUAUGUGAACUAUAUUUGGCCAGUGGAAAUGAAAAUUGAAAAAGACUGUAAAUAGUUACAUCCAAAUGAUUUCUCUGUAUAAAUGAAUUAUACAAUUAAAAAAAGAAAGUCACACACAUAA